UAACAACCUUGGAUUCCAAUUUGAAACCACAAACAAGAAAAUCCCAACCAUUUAGAUUUAACGAAACUUUACCGUUGAAGACACAAUAAAAGAGCUUUAAUUUGAGACUUGAUAAUGAAUUCAAAACUUACGCACUCUCUUUUAUCAACAAUUUUUUUUAUCGCGUGGCAGUUGUGUUCUAAUGAUGAGUCAAUAUCGAUCCUGUUCAAACAAAGGUGACCUUUUCCUGAACGAGAAGAACAGUACUACACUUGUGUGUCCAUUAUGGGGGGCACUUUUUCUUUGCUCUCUUUCCCCAAGUAAACAGUUUCUAUCCUGUGUUUGUAAUUUAUUUACACCUCUAUGGGGAGUGAAAUAUCUUGUCUUAUGCUAAUUGGAAACAUUAACGCCAAUUUUCCGUUUUUACAGAAGGCUGGCGUCACUGAACUGCUUAUUCAGCCGUCAGCCCUAUUUCAGUGAUCCUCUGGUUUGACGGAUCUUAGUUGUUCACAGUCGCCAGUUUAACAAGAGAGCACGCACCCCUGUGGACAGAAAAAGGAUGAACGUGACUCAUAUAGGCCAGCUGAAUGCAACUCCAUCACCAUCUCCAGUGAUGAGGAACGACGUUGAAGUUUACGUACAAGUCGUUGUGCUGGUCAUUAUUUGCAUCGGCAGCGUGUUUGGGAACGUCUUCGUUAUAGGAAUUGUGAUCUUCGAUCACAAACUCCACAAGCCCACGUAUUAUUUCAUCAGUAGUUUGGCGUCCGCAGAUUUCCUUGUCGGGGCGAUUUACAUCCCAUUUUACAUCAUGGCAUCGCUCGCUCAGAAUUGGUAUAUUUCCCUCACUUGGUGCAAAUGGCAUGCAACUUUCAUUUCAGUGAGUAUCAACGCCUCUUUGGUUACGUUGUCUUUGGUCAGCGUGGACCGCUAUCUCGCCAUAACCGAUCCUUUAAGGUACCAGACUAUUCUAACCACGAUCCGCUCAGUCGUGCUGCUUCUUUUGGGUUGGGUCCAUUCCAUUUUCUGGGCAUUUGCACCGCAGUUCGGUUGGGGCGAGGUUGUUUAUCAGCCCAAGACCUCCACCUGCCGUCCAAACUGGGGCGCAAAGGGACUGGCGAAUAGAGUGUAUACUCUCGGUCUGGCAUUGUUGCCAUUUGGUGCUCCAGUGAUCUGUAUGAUAUACUGUUACUGUAGAAUCUUCUUUGUGGCUCGGUACCACGUGAGAGAGAUUAAAAAGAACUCAGUGAAUACGCCAGGCUCCAACACGAUUGGCCAAAGAGCCAUGGAAACCAAGGCUAUGAAGACGCUGCUAAUUGUUCUCGGAGCCUUUGUCGUUUCCUGGCUUCCAUACACAGUAUUGUCGAUGGCCAAGAUGAUUUCCAAAGGAUCUUGGGAAUUCUCGAGCAGUAUUCUGAACGCAGUGCUCACCAUUACGCUCCUAAAUGGUUGUGUGAACCCAGUGAUCUACGCUAUUCGAGACAAGAGGUUUUGCAAAGGAAUGAAACGUAUGCUAUGUCCGCUGGCGCGAAAAGACUCUCAAGACUUCAACAGCUAUCUGUCCAGUAGGAGAGAUACAACGAAAGAAACGAAAGCGGAGAAUUUCGAAAUGGGAAACAUCAACUUUGCUCAAGAAAGUUGAAAUGACAGACGAAUAAGGAAAUCCCAUAUAUAGAGAGAAAAACGAAAAAAGCAUCCUAUGAAUCUUCGUCUUUGUUCCGCUAUUAACAAGAACAAAAGCACAGUAUUCUUGGAAAUUCCUAAAUUGCAUUGGUUUCCCUUUUCCUAUCUUCCUCAAUGGCGGAUAAGAAAACUCGCGCCGUCCGCUCAACCAGUCAAGAUGCAAAUCUGAAAGCAAUAAUGACUUGGACUCUCAUUUUCCCGCGCUUUAGGACGUUUGCACGUGAUUACUUCGUGUUCACUUUGAUCUGCACUUCAGACUUUGGUAUUAACUCUACGACAUAGAAUCGAAAAGUGUUGCAAAAUCAUAGCAUUUCCCACCAUUAUGAAUUCAACUGAGAUGGACUUCAAAGCAUAUACUUUGACUUUACUUUAAUUGUAAAAUUAAGUGAGCUAAAAUAAAUUACAGUCUUCCUGAUUACAACAAGGGAAACACACCUCUCCCCAAUUGUUCGACGAACGCUUGAUUUAAAUUAUUAACUUAAGUCAAAAUAUCAAUUUUUUUCUGAUUGAAUUUAAAUUGAAUUUAUUGUUAUGUAAACUAUAUUCUUUUAUAUGAUAAGCUGAAUCCUACAAGGGUCUUAACUGGUUCUAAAUAAUGAUCUAUUGGAGGACAGACACAUAGAUCACUUCACCAUUAACAAAAUUUUGCUUUUUAAUCAGAUAACACAAAUAGGCUCCAUGUUGCCGUGGGUGUGUUCAGCAAUAGAUCACAAAGACGCCAAAAUGUGGCAUACUAACAUCAUAACAUCAGUGACAUACUCGACUGCUCCUCCUUUACGUUGCCAUGUUCUUACCACAUUUUAACCCUUUCACUCCCAAGAUCUCUUUAGUAAUUCUCCUAAAUAACUUCCAUACAACUCCUAUGAUUUUGGUUCUGAGAAUUUGUUAUUGGAUCAACUUAUAAUCCCCAAUUGAUAUUUCUCUCUAUUCUCAUCACUUUUCUGCUUGAUAUUGUAUGGAUACUGUCAGGAGAAAUUCUGUCUUAGUCACUCGUGGG